GCGUUUCCUACGUUUCUUUUUUUUUAUUUUAUAUAUUAUUGCUCUUUGUUUUUUUUAUAUUUAUUUUACCAUACUUACAAUUGUGUGUGUUAAUAUUUUGUGUUAUAGUGAAUUUUUAUUUAUUAUUCUGUGAAUUAUUGUGUGUACUAAAGGAUUUAAUGCUGAUACUAAUUGGAUAUUUUAUUUAAAUUCCGUAGAUUGAAUAAGAAUGGUCCUCGCAACGAUGGAAACAGACACAUUGACAAGCACCCGAGGAAAACUGCGGCACUCGCGACGUCUUUCCUCCACUCGCGGUCUCAAACAAAGAACCGCGAAAAAUAAUCCUGACUCAAGUUCUCUUUCAAAGUCAUCUAGAGCUUGCAAACAAGAGGAAAACUUGAGAUUGAGUGGCAAGACAAACGACCCGGGACGUGGGAUCAAUUGGGAAUUGAAUGAGAAAAUAAGUCUGAGCAGCGGAUCCAGCACCGGGAUUGAAAUCCACCCGGACACCUACACCGGAAUAGGGUUUACAGAACGAGCUAAAGCGUCAUCAUCACCCGGAUUACUACCAGCAUCCCAAGAUAGCCAUCGUCUCCACCAGAAACCGCCGAAGCUGGGUAAGAAAAUAGAGAGCGUUAAGAAAUCACUCGAAUUGCUUAACGUGUCGGGGUUCCCUCCGAAGUCUGUUUGCCCUCCCCAAAUCCACCCUUUCAAGGAAAUAAAAGACUCAGCGGCGACGAAUAUCAUAAAGAGUGAUUGUAAAUAUGAAAUAGGAAUCCCCGGCGAGUGCACGAUAUCUCGAAAAAAGCGUCAGGAUCGACGGAAAAUUGAAAAGGAAGCCGUUAAAAGCUCCGUGAAAACAAAUGUCGACUUAACCGGGACCAUGAGACGGAGAUGGAUCCCCUCAAAUCAAAAAAUCGACGAUUCGAUUGCCAAAAGACUGGAAUUGAUUCACGAACUAAACCAGAAAAUUAUCGCCAAUUACGAGCGGUUUCAAGCUAAAUCUAAAAAGACAUCCAGCAAAAUUUAUUCCUCUGGUUCAAAUACUUACUCAGGCUGUAAAGAGGAUCAGAAAAAUAGUUUAAGACGCGAUAGCAAAAAUCGAACGGCUUUAUCAGACUUGCAGGAAAAUUCAGUGAAAGGAAACAGUGACAUAUAUUCUGAGGUCAAGCGUAAGAAUAAAUCCGAUAGCCGGCGCAUUGUCGAAAAUGCAGUAGUCCAUCGCGAGCAGGAAAAUACCCUAGAAAAAAAACGUGACAGCGUCUUCAUAAAAGUAAAAGUGGCGAAGGAUAACGGCAACCCUGAGGCAGUUUCUCAAGAGCCAUCUAAUGUAGAGAAUGUGAAUAUGAACAUAAAGUCUACUUCAAAGUUCUUAGAUCACGAUUUUAUGGGAUCUCGGGAUGAAGUUGAAUCGAAUGUUAAGACGUUUGAAAACGGGGCCAAGUCAUUCCUGUCGCCAAAUAUUAAGUUUAAGAUGUCCCAAGUGCUUGAUAAUUUUAAGACCAGGUCUAAGAUAGAGAAUCCAGUUGUCAACGAUAACUUUAGUUUGGCGAAGAACCCAUUGAAAGUGAUUGAAAGUUACGAGUCACGAGAAAAGUUCGAUGACUUAAACAACUUUGAAAAUCUGUCUGCAACACGAGACUCUGAGGAAGAUUCCAAAGCUAAAGAACCGCCAACAAAAGAAGUGCUAAUACUAUCCGAAGAAGAAAGACAUAACUCGGAUAUUACGGAAAAUAAUUUAAGUGUGAGGGAUAAUAUUACCAGACUAGAAGUAAGUUGUCAAAUGAAACAAGAUAAAGACAAGUCGACAGGAAGAUCCAAUAAAGAUUGCUCCAAGAAUUCUCAGCAGCUUUAUCAACCUCCUGAUAUAAACUUUCGCAAAGGCAAGGAUGAGCUCUAUUCAGCGUCUUACUCUGCUUACACCUCCACUCCCGUCAAGACCGAUCAUGCCCUGGAUUUCCCAGAGUGUAAGCCCAUGAAUAUCGAGUUUGACGAUAAGUCUGUUGAGUCGACAGAGCUGCUGGAGAAAGAAAUCCUGGACAAGUUUAACGAAACAAUCGGGAAAUUCGACUGCGAGAAAGCCUCCGACUUGAUGGACGAAGGAGCCGGCUCCUCAGCAGCUGAUGACAAUUUUAGCGACGACUCUAUUCAAAUGGCAUGCAGCAGUCCCGUGUCUGUGUCUAACAAAGAGAACAGCCAUUCCAAGGAUACGAGUCACCAGGAAACGUUCAAUUCCUCCUGGGACUCCGGAGUCGGCAUCGACGUCGGAUUAGGAAACGGAUGGGUUAGAAUCCACACGGGCAUUGAAAGCAGCCUUGUUUAUCUCACGCUUGAUACCACGGCCAAGGAUAUUUGCAGAGACAUGCUUCUGGGUGAUGAAUUGUCUAUUUAUAUUCAGUACGGCGGAGAAAUGGGACGUCGUAUGGCACCAGAUGAACGACCACUCGAACAUCAAGACGAAUUUCUGAAGCUGCUUGGCUACGACGAACUUUCGAGGCGAGCACGUCUCGGAGUAGACCCCGAACUACGUCAUCUCAUCGCUUUUCAUAUAGGUCCGACAGAGCCGCAUAAAGAUUUGACGGGACACAGCCGCUGUGGCAACGUCCUUGUGCUAAAGGGUCUUGUUUUUCCACAAUGGAAAAAACGUGUCCUGGCUGUCAUAGGAUCCAGACUUUUUCUCUAUCCCGGAUGUCCGGAGUCACGGCCAGAAUGGAUAGAACUGCAAGGCGGUGCGGUCUGUUAUGCGCCAUCACGACUGGGCAAGCUCGUUUUGCGCGUCACAGGGUACCCGAGGAUAUACAACCAGCAGGAGGUCCACCAGGACUCGGAGCAAUUUCAGCACCACGGGGAGUCGAGACAUCAACAACAAGAACAUCAUCGCGAAACUAGACAUCUUUACUUGGGCUUCCACCAUCCCUGGGAUCGCGAUCUCUGGCGCAGCUGGCUCAAACAGGCGACGCAAUUGACCGGAGGACCUAAAAAGUUGGAUCUCUGCAGAAACGGGUUGCUGAGAAUACCGGAAAGCGUAUUAGCAUUCAAUGCAGUUGAGGAAAUUUUACUGGGUCAUAAUCAAUUGGCUAAUCCUGACAAUAAUCUUGGACUCUUAAAAAGAUUUCGUAGACUUCAUGUGAUACAACUGGAGCGCAACCAACUGAAAAGCUUCCCCAGGGAGCUGAUAGAACUUGAAGGUCUGACCUCACUCGACCUAUCCGACAAUAAGAUCGAGCAAGUGCCCAACGAGAUAUAUCGACUAGUCAAUUUGAGAGAACUUACUCUCGAUCGUAAUGAAAUCAAAGAGCUGCCGGUCGAAGUUGAGUUACUCAAGAAAUUGACAAGUUUUUCAAUAGCCGGAAAUAAACUCACUGACCUGCCGUCCUUUUUGAAAAUGAGAGCACUGACUCUGGAUGUACUCACAAAAGGAGAUCUCGCUAAAUUUCGAGAGGAAAAAAAUAAUCAAAAUUAUCUUCAUAAAGUCAAUCUCAGAAAUAACCAACUCAAGGGUAACAUAAUACUGGGAAAUUAUGGCAACUUGACCCAUUUGGAUGUAAGUGAAAAUAGCAUUGAAAAAUUAGAUCUCAGCGCAUUGCAAGAGCUACAAAGUGCAAGAUGUGCUCGUAAUUCACUAACAGAAUUAACUGUAUGUGGAAGAAAUCUUGUUUCGCUUAUCGCCGGGCACAACAAGCUCAAAAAACUUACUAUCGAGCCAACUCCGACGAAUCUGGAGCACCUGGACGUCUCAUACAAUUGUCUGGAUGCAUUACCCGAGUGGAUAUCAGACUUACCUGUACUCCGAGCGCUGUUUGUGUCACACAAUGAUCUCACUGCCCUGCCCGACAGACUGCUAUCUCAGCCCUCGAGACUGGAAGUACUUCAUCUCCCGCACAAUAGACUCCAAGCACUGCCGCCACCGAGAAAACCUCUCAAUAUUGUUCACCUCACGCUCCAAGGCAAUGCAUUGACAGCAUUACCAACGACUUUCUUUCAAAACACUGAAAGACUCAAGGUAUUGAAUUUAUCCAAUAACCGGCUCUCUGAGCUCACAUUCGCCGAUGAUGUUACGAAAAAUCGAUCAAAUGUUCAUGCACUUGAGAAACUAUAUUUGACAGGAAACUGCCUCACAGACGCAUCAUUGGAUGCUUUAUCCAAGCUGACGGCUCUUCAUGUUUUGCAUCUGGCAUAUAAUGUUCUGGAUACACUUCCUGAAAGUUGCAUUGCGUCAUGGCCUGAUUUGGAAGAGUUAGUAUUGUCUGGUAACCGUCUUCAAUAUCUUCCAGACAAUGUUGCUAAUCUGCAGCAUCUGCGAGUACUACGUGUUCACUCAAACAGACUUUUGACCUGCCCUACAUUUAACAAAACAACUUCUCUCAUGGUGCUCGAUUUGGCGCACAAUCAACUGGACCGCGUAAACUUGGCGACGCUUGUGCCUCCCCAGUUGCAAUUUCUUGAUAUUUCAUGCAACUCGCGGUUGCACGUCGAUCCAAGACAGUUCCAAGUUUACCGGUCGCAACGUCCGGUCUCGCUGAUUGACGUUUCCGGACAAAAUAGGCCAAGUCUACCGUCGCAUCCUCUCCAGCAGGAAAUAGUCAGUGCGGAAAAAGGCUCCGAGCAUCCAUGGAGGUUGGGAUUUUCUGAAACAGCUGGUACACGUGAAAAACUUUACAUCUCGCAAGUGAGGAUACCAUCAUUUUGCAACAUAGAAGGGCUCUUUGGAAUAUUUGACGGAGGUACCAACCAGGAAGCGCCGAGCACUUUGCAGGAAAUGAUACCGCGAUUACUUCUUGAGGAGCGAACCAUUAGGGAAACGUCUAAAGAGUAUUUGAAGUACACGUUGCUGUCAGCGCACCGGGAGCUGAAGGAAAAGGGCCAGAAGUAUGGAGUAGACGCUACUUUGGUCCACAUUACCAAAUUACCUGCUCCUGCAGGCUAUCCCCGGAAUGCCAGAAAGUAUUGUCUCAAAGUGGCUUCAUCCGGAGAGACAAAGGCAGUUCUAUGUCGUGCGUCAGGUCCAUUUGUUUUGGCACCUGCCAGAAAAACUCCUCCGACAAACCAAUUGGGAAACGCGGCCAUGUUUCCGAUGGUUGUUCCCGAUCCCACUACGGACGAAGUAAUUUUGGAAGAUGACGACGAGUUUGUACUGAUUGCCAAUCGUAAACUCUGGGAAGUAUUUACGAUGCAGGAAGCAGUGCGUGAAGUACGCGCAGAAGCCAAUCCAGUGCUGGCGGCAAAACGGCUUCAGGAUUUAGCCCAAGCUUACGGAGCUGAAGACAACUUGAGCAUAAUUGUCAUACGACUGACACCUGGCUCAGGAGAUCUCGACCAGCUGAUGCGGGAAUUGAGGCACGCGGUGACUAAAACUCGUAACCAUCCAGAAAGUGGCUGCACGUGUCCCUGCUGCGUUCCACCUGCGCCUCACAAGUCUCCAGCUCCCUGCUGCUGUCAUGGGAACGUGAAUGAAAGCUUUUAUUUAAACGGAGUGCUGAAAAAUAUUGUCAACAGGUCUAGUGGACCAGGACAAUCGCGUCAAGGCUCCGGAAGAUAUUUUAAGAACACGCGGACCAACGAAAAUGCAAGUCCGCCUUUUAGGGACGACCGCAGUUCACCCAGUGGUCAAUCUGAUCAAACGACCGACAGCACUUUCAAGUCCCGACAAAAUUCAGGACGUGCAUGGGUCGGCAGCACCGCAGCUCGCGCUGCGUCAAAAAAUCGAUCCCACGAUUCCACUAGAAAAGACAACGCGGUCGCGGCAGCAGCUGCAUUGAGCGAAGAACAAUUCAGAUGCUGGGAGUACAUGCUCGAACAAAACACCCACAUGUUGUUCGACAAGGAACUAGACACGCUGUCAAGAUUGCCUCUGAGAAGAGGCCAAUCACGGUCGACUCCCCAAUUAGCCAACCUGCCUUUCCUCUCAAAGCGCUUCGGCAGUGCGAGAUCUUUCAACCCUCCAUUACCCAGACCAGCCAUGAUCAGAUUCGGCAGCGGUCGACGUUUUCUCAACGGCGGCCCCAACGCCGCUUACUUCGGAAGCCUCCAAAGACUCAUGCCAUACAACUUGGAGUAUGACUUCGCGGUAAUCCAAGAACGCGGCGGACUGGAUUCGCUCGAACAAGACGCCUCCAGAAUGCAGCAGUACUGGGGAGUCGCCACCACCGAACUGUAAAUUAAACUACAGGUUUUAAAUUAAAAAUAAUCAAAAUCUACUUCGAUAGUUACGUGGAAAUAAUAUUAAUUGUGAUUUAUUAAAUUUUAAUUAAAACCAUCACGAGCUUUUGAUUAAAUGAA